CUCUGGAAGACCAGCCACGUGGUUUAGCAAUGUUAUUUGUUAUUGCACGUGACAGCUAUUGUUUUUCUGCAGAGAAAGAGUGUCUCGCAUUACAAGCGCAAGCUGAUCUAGCUGUUGUCCUGUACUUCUGUAUCGUGCCUGGUAUCAAGCUGUGAAGAUACUGUAGCUCUGGAUUAUUAUCAAGAAGAUGUCAGACUAUCUCACAAUAGCAGAUCUAGGAAAACUAUACGUAGCUACGUUUGAUGCUCGAAUCAAGUGGCGAAACUUCUUGCUGGUUCUUGAGAUAUCCUCUGAUACUAUCGACAGCAUUGGUACGAAAUGGCGAGAUGAUCCUGAUGAGUGCUAUCGUGAGGGUCUGAAAGAAUGGCUGAAAGGUGGUGAGAGAAGCUGGGAAGAUGUUGUCAAAGCUUUGUCUAGUCCUAUUGUGGGCCAUGUUCACAUAGCCAAUACCAUCGAGAAAUAUCAUCUACAGUCUACUGUUGAUCAAAAUCACCAGAAGAUCAACGACAAUUUGACUAUUUUCCUAGACGAGCGUCUCGGUAAAGGUGCAUUUGGAGCAGUCUUCAAAGGCAGCUACAAGGGUGAGAUAUGUGCAGUCAAAGUGCUACUUCAUGAUGCUAUGGAGAUGCAGGUAAGUAUUCCAGUCGGCAAAGACGAAAAAGCUAGCGAUGCAAUUGAUCGUGAAAGUGAUUUUCUCAAGUCGUUCCAGCACCCAAACGUUGUUCAGUUUUUGUCGACUGCCAAGCACCCCAAAUCAGGGAGUACAAUCCUCAUUGUUGAGCUGAUGGAUUGCAAUCUGAGAUCCUAUUUCUCCGGCCUUCAUGAAGAUUCCCUUACUAGUAAAUGUGAAAUUAGCCUCUCCAAAGACAUGGCUUGUGGUCUGGCCUACAUUCACAGCAAGCAGAUUAUCCACCGUGACCUCUGUGGCGAUAACGUCUUGCUGAAGCUAACACGACCAGUGCCUGUUGCAAAGAUUUCCGACUUUGGCAUGUCACGACUAUAUGAUUCCUCCAUGCUUAGCCACACCCUCACAGCCAUUGGUCACCGUAUGGGGUAUCUACCUCUUGAGGCUAUUCGAUUGGAAGAGGAGAAAUACGAUAGUAGCCUGGAUGUGUUUUCCCUUGGGGCAAUUAUGGUGCAGAUUGUUUGCAAGCUGGAGACGAUCAAAUCAGCCAAGGAUCGAUCAUUUCAUGUUGCCCAGAUCCCUCGCACACACAGGUGGAGGAAGCUUAUCGAUAGUUGCUUGCAAGAAGACAUGAGGAAGAGACCAUCUGCCAAGGUUAUCUAUGCUUACCUGACAAGAAGCUUGGAUACAAUGGAGGGAACAAAGAGGGAGUCAAAGGACCCUCAACCAGUCAAGAAGGCACACAGGGAACAGAUUGAGCACAAAGAUGCUGAGCUGGUCAGGAGAGACGCCAUCAUUCAACAGCAGAGACAGGGUCCCCCUCCCAGAGAGUUGAGAUCUCCACUCACUCUGAAAUGGAGAAGAGGAAAAGACAUGCCAAUCGGGAUGAGUGGACCAGUACAGAGUGUUGUUAUCGGUGACACUGUGUAUGUUGGUGGAGGUGAUGCAGACAAUCGUGACAAUUGUACAGCGAUGAAGCUCGAGCAAGAUCAAUGGACCAAACUACCAGAGUACAGUGUUGAGUACUUCGCUAUGACAUCACUCGUUAGUCGACUAGUGCUGGUGGGAGGACGUAAUCCAAGAAACAACAAACGCACCAAUCAGCUUGCAGUGUUUGAGUCAGGGGAAUGGACUCACCCAUACCCACCAAUGAACAUUGCUCGUUCUUUCUCAACAGCUGUCUCCUUCAACAACCACAUAAUUGUAGCUGGUGGGCGUGAUGAUAAAAGACGUACCUCCUCUGUGGAGGUGUUGGACGUGGCAUCAAGAAGAUGGUACAUUGCUCAGUCACUACCUAACCCACUAUCAUAUCUGAAAUCGAAUCUCGUAGGACACACCUUCUACCUAAUGGGAGGAUACGAUCACACUGGGAGGGCAACCAAGACAGUGCACCACGUUGACCUCAAUGAACUCAUUGCAAAGGUGUUUUCCAACCUUGACACACCCACUCUCUGGCAGACCUUACCGGAAGUACCACUCACGAGUCCAGCUCCUCUCAGUGUUGGGAGGUCACUAUUAGCCGUUGGUGGACGCGAUGACAGAAACAACCCAAGUUCCUCAAUCUACCUCUACCAGCCUGACACCAGGAGGUGGAUGAAAGUGGGAGACCUGCCUACUGCAAGAUGCAACUGCAUAUGCUCAGUACUUCCUAGUGGAGAGGUCAUUGUAGCCGGAGGACAGACAAGUUCAUAUAUGAAAGAUAUUAUUCAAACUGUGGAUUUCAUCUCUAAUAUAUCUAAUAUAUAGUAUACAGUGCGGGACUCUACAUAUACAAAAAAAAUACAUUUUCUACCUAUAAUGUACUCUGUACCUGUACGUACCUCCAUUCUCAGUAUGUUUUGUUACUGUUUCUCUUUGUAAUGUUGCAUUGUUACAUUGAGAAUAAUCAUAAUUAUAG